ACGAUCGACCUGCAACCGGUUAGAUGGCUGAUAGUGUUAUUGACAUAGGUAGGCUAUCUGAGGAGUUUUUUCCUUGUGACGUAUCGGUCACAUGUGAGAGUGGUGGGUCCAGCUCGACAUUUAUCGGAGCAGGUUCUACAAGCAUGAAGGUGGAAUCAAAAUGACUGGGGUGAUCAUUCUUCCAAAAUGGAGUCAUGAGAAUGGCAAGAUCAGAGGAAAGUUGCUGUGAGGUAUGCACCAAACUGAAACGACAAUACAAUAAAGUGCUGGUGGAACCAGACUUUUUUUCAGUCCACCUUGAUGUUUGUGUUCUUACGGAAAAAAUCAAGACAAGUGACCGAAAACGUCGGAAGCUGAAAGAGAUUGAGAAGAUCGUGAGUGCUUUGAGAAACACAGAUGGUGGAGAUGUGUUACUACAUCUAAAUGGACAAACAAGUGAUGAUGAGUACCUUGGCCAUCUGGACGACUUCCUGGACAACAGCUUGAACAAUCUGAUACCCGACGGUAAACUGUUCAUUGACACAUAUACACGUCAAUGGUUGCAUGAAAAGGAAAGGUUUGAACAAUUUCGGGAUGUUGUGCUGUUAAAAGUUACCAAAACACCAUUCAUAUCGACGGUUGAUUUUAAAACGAAAGUAUCAUCUGACUUCAAACUUGAGAGGGCAUCAACGAUCAAUAUCGUAUCCAUUUUGACCAAUGAUGUUCGUCCUCAGAAAGCACCUCCCAAGCUCCGUGGAUUAGACCGAUAUGGCACUCUAUUGCAUGAGAACAGAAGAACAGAACUAAAGGUUUACAUGCCAAAGACCAAUAUAGACUCAGUUGGAGGCUUUGUUGAUUAUGUUUGGCAGGAACUGCGCUUCAAAGAAAAUCUAAGUUGUUUGUCUAAAGUGGAGGGAGGUGGAUCUUUUUUUCUUGGAAUAAAUGAGUCUCGAGACAAAGAUAAACCAUAUGAAUCAAAGACCAUAGAAUUGUGGGGUGUCAAUGUGCCUGGAUCAGUAACAGAAUUCAGAUCAUCACUGUUCAAGAAAAUCAAGAACGAAGCUGCGUUUCUCAGCUUUGAGGGAGAUUUGUUGGAUGUUCCUGAGGAAUUGGUUGAAGUGGAAUUACAUAGUUUCCAAGACAAAGAACAUAAUAUUAAGUUCAUUCUUGAAAUCGCAGUUGGGUGUGCGGAAGGCAUUGUGUUCUAUGAAAAGAGUGGACCUGAGACAUACACAAUUCAAAAUGGGAACAUUCGUAGAAUGGACUUUAAAGAGUGGUUCAAUCGUAUACAAAUGAUGUCUCUUGAGACAAAGCUUUCUAAUAUGUCUUUUGUUUAACGAUACCAACAUGUCUGAUUACCAAACACAUAAGAGAUCAACGUCAAUGACGACGUCAAUUGGCAGCUAUGGUGCUUCUAGCAGUUCCGUGUCCUUGGGAAUGUAUUCUGAUCAAAUCAUCGUCAGUGGCGUUGGUGAACCCGAUGUGUCUUCAUCAAGCCCGGCGUCGUUACGACAAAGCCCACAAACAUUCCCUCAAGGUUCACCUGCAAGGAAUACAACAGAGGACUUACCUGGCUAUUGUCCACCUACCUUCACAUAUGACCUCACAGAAUCGAUCCAAGGACAUGAGGGUUUUAUAGGGAAGUACAACAGCGAGUAUUUUUCACAGUGGAUCUCGACAGAGCUUGCAGGUAAAGGAUUUAUCUACCCUCGGAUCAUGAUAGAUUACUUAUCAAGCAUAGAUGAGACUGUUCUCUUGGAAAUAGAGAAACUGUGUGAGAAAGGAUACUUUGCCUACACCGGCCAUUCGCUAUUGGUCACCCUGAACAUGACACUGAAUGGAAAGAUUCCUGACAACUUGCUUUGUGAUGUGUGCAUCUUCCGCCAUGACAGUCCAGUGUUAGUUCUAACAAUACUUACAGAUUACCUUAAACUUGACAGAGCCAAAUACUACAACUCCCAGCUCGCAAAGGCAAUCAUAAGCAUUGUGAGAAAAGACAUGGCCGACUUCACCGUCAACAAUGGUGUUCUGUCUUCAGAGCAAUUCAACUCGACUGAGAGAUUUGUUCAGGACAUUGAGAAGAUUGUCUCAGAAACGUCAAAGGGGGCAACAGCUGGGUCGAUUCAAAUGAAUCCAAACAAAUCCCAGAGAGUGAUACAUCUAUUUUUGAAGCAGGUCAAUUCCUGCCACUCUCGGCUUUUCGAAAAUGCUGAAUCACAUUACUGCUUUACCAGUGACAGUUUUGAUUUGUUUGCUGAAAUGUUGGAAGACCGACGGUACGUGAGAAUCAUGCUGCCAGAAUCUGACUUCACAACACUGAUAGUGAGCGAGUUGGUGAUCAGACUCAGCAUUGUCUCAAAGACAGUUACUAUCACUUGCGUCCAGGAGUACUUCAAGGAAUUUGAAUGUCUGAGGGCAUUUAGAAACAAUGUGCUAAUACUGCGACGUCCCUCCACAAGUUGCGCACAGGAGUCUCUCCCUCUUCCUGAUGUAGUGGUUACAACAUCGUGGAGCACCAAAGCAAACUGGGAAUUCUUUGUCAGACACGAGGAUGUAAUCAAUGAAAGGCCAAAAGAAGCUCUUCGCCCAGGGCUCUCAGAAGCACCCCCUAAAGAUAGCAAGGAGGUAAUGCAAGCAAGGCAGGUGCUGGCGUCAGCGAUAGUAGAGGCUGGUGGUGGUGCAUCUACACGUGGAAGGGACGAUGUUAUUAAGUUGGAGAAAAUGAUAGAAUUUACCUUACAACAGUGUGCGCAGCGGGCAACCAUCUUCCUUCGGGACCAUCUGACUGAUGAAGUGGAUGUCCAAGAUUUUGAUAAACUUAACUGUUUCAUGGAGGACUAUCUCAUGCAGAGUUUCAGACAACGGAAUCUGCAGCUUCUGUCUCGGGAGGAAAUUGACGAUACGGAUGCAUAUAUUGAAUCGAUAAGAAAGGUUUCGCCCGUUCUGAUCCGGGGCCUCGAGUUACACUCUACUCCUCUCUUGGACCGCCUGAUAACCACUGAUGUCAUGUCUGAAGCCGGGAGAGAGAGUAUCUUGGCACGACCAACCAACCAUUCACGAAACAAAGCCUUCGUCACCUACUUAUUCGGUAACUUUACCAGUGACACAUUCAAGAAGCAGUUUCUCCCAAUGCUUUCUGAAGAAAACCAGACUCUAGCAAAAGAAGUAGAGGACGAACUGGAGAAGCUGACCGUCUCUAGUAGACGGAGAGGGAAGUGUCCUUUCUGUAAAAUGAAGGGAACGGUCAAUAUCAGACGGCUUGCAGAUUCUCUGUACCAGAUGAACGAAAUUUCCCUGUCGUUGCAGCAAGAUCUAUCUGCGUCUACUCUCCCCGAUACAGUCAGAUGGUCUGAACUUUUCAAACAAGUCACGAGCAUGAAAACUAUCAUGAAGGCACUGGAGGUUAAGAAUGAAAAUCUUCACCGAGAAUUCAUUACCCAAGAGCGGGGCCUUUCCAAGAGCCGGCUGUGUUUGGAAUGCACUUGUGAUCAUUCUGAGCAGCUCAGUGCUAUCGCUGGGUCAGACAACGGGAAGUCGGAUAACGAUGUUGCAAAUAUGUCUGAUUUCCAGGAGUGACAGACAAAGUGACUCGAACAGCGAAUAUUGUUUUUGAAAAAUAGAUGUACAACACAGUACAAGACAGUCAUGCCAACAUGACUUGCAAGCCAGCAAAAGGCCUUGUCACAUUGGCCAGGUGAAAGAUCAUUGUAAAAUUUUAGGGUGAUUCGAGGAGACAGUUUUAGUGCCUGAGGGCAAGACAAUGAAUCUGAAAUGAUGCUGAAAUUUAUAGAUUGGUUUUGUUGUUUAAUAUAGGUCAAAGCAGUUGAGAUAGUCCAAUCUUCACUGCUGAGGCCAAAGCUAUUACCUGGGAGUCUUGGGGGAGGAGUUUUGGAUCCAAUGAUGGUGGCACUUGCAAUUUUGCCACCGUUCUUGGAUCCAUCUUUAACAAUGGAUCUAUGAGAAUAAUAUUAAGUUUGUAAUUGGUAGAAUUCUUGUUGAUUCACCAAGGAGUUUGUUUGUUUUAGCUGGAUGGGCGACUCUUAGCAAGUUGAGAGCUUUCAGGUAGAUAUUUGAUGUGUGGUAAGUAUGUGAGAUGACGGGUAAAAAAUCAGUCCCAGGAUUGUGGCCUCCUCCACUACAUUGAUAGGAGUACCAUCUAAAAUGCGGUUUGGAUUUACGACAAAGGUGAAUACAAUUUGUUCUGGAUUUAGAAAAUUUGAAGCCAUUUUCGUUGGCCCAAUGUUCAGUUUUGUAAAGACAGAGCUGUUGUUGUCUUUCUAUUGUAUGCAUGUUUCUUACCACGGCAAGAAAUGUUGAAAUCGUCCACAAGAAGUGAACCAUCAACACUAUUGUUCUAGACUUAAUUUUGAUGCUGAAAAGUGAGAGAGAUAGAAUGCUGCCUUGAGGGACGCCCUGAUUUUAAUCGAAAUUAUCAGACAGGGUAGAGCCCACUGUCUGUUGCUUAAAAAUGGAUAUAAGUGAGGUAAUCUGCACCCCAAUCCGAAUUCAUGCAAAUCUUUUCAAAUACAAUGCACCCACGUUGUAUCAUAUGUCGUCUCUAAGUCGGAAAUGAAUGAUACAGUAAUUGUUUGUUUACAAUUAUUUUUUUAUACAUGAUUCUGAACGCACCAAAUGGUCACUGGUAACUGUUAUUUUCGGAAACCACACUCGUCACUCAGGAGGUUAUUGGUCUCCAAAGUACCAGACUUAUCGAUUACUUUACAAACAGCUUAUUAAUGAUAUUGGGCGGUAUCUGUAUGAUCACGUCAAGGCUUUGGUAUAGGAAUGAUAAUAGCAUUGUCCAACGAAGGAGGGAAAUUUCCAAUUGUCCCUAUUUCAUCAACUAUAUUAAGUAGAAUUUACAAACAUGAAUCGGGCAUGUGUGUUUGAGGAGCUGAUAAUGAACGUCGUCGGUUUCUGCUGCAGUGUCAUGAGCUUGUCCUUGGGCAGUAUACAAUUCACUGACCUUUUUCUAUUCUUGCUGUUUUUGAUAUCUCUGAAACUGAGGGUUAUGGUCAGAUGAUGAGGAAUUGUUUGCCAAAGUGUCACCAUCUUGUUUGCAAUUUCAGAUUUAGUAGUCAAAAGUGUAUUACUCCUGAUUUUGAUCCUUUGCCCUUAAUCUUUUGAAUCAUGUUCCACACCUUGGACAUGGGUGUGCGGGAAUUAAUUUUGGGUACACUUGUUUCUCCUGAAUUGAUGUUUAUUUUGUAAAUUUUAUUGCUAUAUUUUGUAAAUAAAUAAAUAACUUAUAUAAUUGGUAGUAUGAAUCAGUAACUGAGAUUGUUAGUGGCUAUAUCCUCGACGGGGGUUAAAGUAGUAUAAAAUGAUUGUCCCCCUGAAAGGGUAUGUAAGACCACGUCUUUCAAAGUGUAUAUAUUUCUACCACGUUUUUUAUGUGUUAUUUUAAUAUGUGGCUAAAUUUGUCAGCCAUCGCCAACAACUGAAGGGAUGAUGUAAAUCCUGCUGGGGUCCAUGCAGGUAGCAAAAGUACUGUAAGUCCUCAUGGACCCUAGCGUGGUGAUCUACCUUCAGUUGUUGGCGAUCUAUAGCCUGUUUUUAUAUUGUGUUGUAAAAUGAUAAUAUAUUUUUACAAGCUCUCUAACUAGUUUUAUGUAAAUCUGUGAUAUUCUAGUUAUCAUACUGCCCUUCCUCGGCAGAAUUGUAUACAGUUUCAUAAUAAAUUGUUAAUGUCAA